UGCGUGUGCCCGCGCAGGCUGCGCUGUGAGCGCGCGGCGCAGACAGUAGUGGGAAGCGCACAGUCCGCGUGCAGCCGGCACGCGCAGACCAGCACCGCCGUGAAGCUCCACUGCAACCGCGAGAAGCGCGGCCGGAGAGAUGGCGGCCCACCGCUCGGCGGUCUGGAACAAACGGCCGCGGGUUCGCGCGCGCUGAACCGGGCCCGAUGGCGCCCGCCGGAAACGCACCUGGUCUCGACUGCGCCCGAGAAGCGAAAGAGACGCCGUCCGUGGCUCCACCGCAGACGGGUUCCUGAAAAAGGGUCUCGUCGGCAUCACCGAUCCCGCUCAGAGGAUCCCCCCGGGGGGACGCCAUGUGGCCCCCUGACCUCGGGCCUCCGGACGUCCCGCUCACCCUGCCCGGCUUCGGAAGCGUGUUCGAGGACGCCGAGGGCCCUCGGGCGCCGCCCUCCUCCUCCGGUGGCUUCUGUCAGCCCUCCAAGGUGCGUUCGGGGGGGCUGGGCGUGUGCUGCCUCCCGAGGACCUCGCUGGGCCGCGACCUCGGCUCCCUGCUGGGCGGCAAGACCGCCGCGGCCCGCCUAGAAAGGACUGCGGAGGACUUCGCGGCGCACGCGGACCCCGAAGCCGGCGCUCGCGGGUUCGGUUGCUACCCGCAGCCCUGCCUCCCGCUGCCCUACGCGCUCACCAGCUGCGCCACGUCCCCCCCUUUCGCCUCCCCGCCCUCCUCCCUCUCCUCUCCCGCCUCCUCCUCGUCUUUAUUCUUCGCCUCCUCUCUGCCUCCCCUGUGCGAUGCGCCCGACAGAGCUCCUCACCUUCACAGGACGAUGCAGGAGGAGUUUGAGGCGGUGAAGCGGGAGCCCGCGGACGAUUUCUCGCCGUGCGAGGGGGAACCGUUUCAGGCUGGCGACCAGCGGGCGGCGCUGUUCCACGCGGCCCGGCCCGUCCAAGGUCGGGACGGCGGCGGCGGCGGCCCGCUUCAUUUCCCGAGGCUCGACGGACCCGCCGGGGGCCACGACCCCAGCGCGGACCAGCCGUGUCACUGGAUGGACUGCAGCGCCGCCUACGGCAGCCAGGAGGAGCUGGUGAGGCACAUCGAGAAGGUGCACAUCGACCAGCGCAAAGGGGAGGAGUUCUCCUGCUUCUGGGCCGGCUGCGUGCGGCGCCACAAACCCUUCAACGCCCGCUACAAGCUGCUCAUCCACAUGAGGGUGCACUCUGGAGAGAAACCCAACAAGUGCAUGUUCGAGGGCUGCAGCAAGGCCUUCUCCCGUCUGGAGAACCUGAAGAUCCACCUGAGGAGCCACACGGGAGAGAAACCCUACAUCUGCCAGCACCCCGGCUGCCUCAAGGCCUUCAGCAACUCCAGCGACCGGGCCAAACAUCAGCGCACACAUCUGGACACGAAGCCGUACGCCUGUCAGAUCCCGGGAUGCACCAAGCGCUACACCGACCCCAGCUCCUUGCGAAAGCACGUCAAAGCUCACUCGGCCAAAGGCCUCCAGGAGAGGGAGGUCCAGGUACAGGUGCAGGUGCGCGCCAUGCUGGAGGCGGAGGCCCUGAGCGACGGCCUGGCGAGGCAGCACCUCCUCCGCCGGGGGAACGGCUCGGACGGCCCGGACGAGUACGCAGGUGUGUAUUCAAACUGCGGCUCCGUCCACAGCAGAGCCACCUCGGAGUUCCCGCCUCCGUCGGCGGACCCGUCCUGCGGGUACCGAGGCCUGGAGGGGAACCGGCCCGCGGCGCCAGGCAGCACGGGAGACGGAAACGGGCCGACGCCCCUGUUCAUGUCCUCCGACGUCAGCCCAGCGAGCUCCUCGCCGGACGGGGUGGACGUCCUGCUGCAGGGAUUCCACAAAACCUACCACCCCCAACAGGUGCUCCCCCAGCAGCAAGGGUGCCUCUACGCGGAGGGAAAGGCGCCCCCACCCGGCGGCGACGGAGGCUUCGACCCCGCCAGCUACUUGGCGGCCUCCUCCGCCUCUUACCCGACAGGCUUCGACUUGCUGCAGGAGCUGCAGGCUCAGACGGGGGGGGGUUACUCCACGUCUCCCUGCUCGGACGACAGCUUCCUCUUCCAGGCCGGAGGCGUCGACCGCUGCCUCAACCAGAUCUACUCCAUCUACCUGGACUCGUGAUGGGCCUCGCCAAAGCCAAUCAGCAGCCGCCUGGCUUCCACUUGGACGGAAUUCAUCAGACAAUCGACAAACGACUCUAUAUUGUUCAUUCAAUUAUUGGUGUUCUGGACAUGAAUUAUCUCUGUGGGAGUAUUAACGGGACAAAGAGGAGGAGAAGAAGAAGAAAAAAAAAAAAAGCAGAAUUGGCUGCUGGAGGCAAGAGAGGAAAUCUGGUUGAAUUGAAAAUGUCAAGUUCAGAGAUGCGUCUUUGUGGUCUGAAUGGAAGGAGCCAUGAGCUUCCAUGUGCUGGUUGGAUCUGUUGAAAGGUAUCUGGCUCUCUGGCUCGGACGCGGAUAUCUAGCGAGGUUCCCACCGCCUGCCGGGAAAUGUUAAAACCAUGUUGUUUGACAGAAUGGGACCUGGUGAUGCGGGGGUUCCAGACCUGAGGUCCAUAAAGAUAUCGGUCUGGCUGCAACGGCGGAAACCAAAGAAGAAACAAAACACAGUUUUAACAGGAAAUCUGAAUUAUUAGAAGGCACUAACACUCAAAUGGUUUAACUCUAUUACGCUUAUAGGUGCAUGUAAUAUGUCGUGAUGAGCAGGUUCAUUUUAAGGAGUUACGAGACGAAACAUCGUGUUGUGAUGGACCGGGCUUGUCAAUCAGCAUUUAAACCGUACAGAUAUAUAUAGAGAUAUACAGUAGAUAUUCCACACGUACAGUCUGUUGUGGAUCGGUGUGGGUGACUCCUGGGACUUAAAACUGACACACAAAAACAACACAAACUGCACUUAAAAAGCAUCGGCUGUGAUGUGUCUGUUGUGGACAAAUACGUUUCAAAUAUGUGUAAUCUAACAACCAUCGAGACAGGAGCAUAAUCUCCGCUUUUAUUACUAUUGUCUCUUCUGUACCUUUCCAUGUUGGUUGUAUCAGUGUUAUAUUCAGUGAGGGGGGGGGGGGGGUGCAGUGUUUACAGUAAGUUCUCUGUACUCUUUUCUGUCUCGUUACACUUUGAAAAUAUGAACAAACCAGAAAAAAUGUUUACACUGAUUUUGUAGCAAUUCAGAUUGUGAUUUUCUUAUUGUCAUUGAACAGUGUAUAUAGACUGUAAAAAAAACUGUCUUUUAUAUCUAAAUAAAUACAUCUUUCUAUAUGUUUGUCAGUUUGAGGGCUU